AUGAAGGGCCGCCUAGAUGAAACGAAGGAGGGAGAGGAUUUUUUCGUCGGGGAGGAGGCGCUGAUGGCUUACGGGAGGCGAAUAGGGCGUCUGCUACGCGCUGUGUCUGGUUUAGCAGCCACGGGUCGACCACCGACGGGCAAGAACGCGUCAUACUCUGCUAUCGGGAUGGAACCGCCUUCUCGAAAUUCUCCAACGACCCCUCCCUCUACGUCUACACCAAGAUCUUCCAUCCCGAUAGAAGAAACAUCUCGUACGUCGGUUUCGUCUCCUAUUCUGGAUGCUACAGAACAAGAGGUUGGAACGACCCCUGCUAUUCUGGAGGGUACAGAAUAUGCGCGCAACAACCACGACGAUGAGGCGAAGAGCGAGAGCGAUGUUCAUGAAGCCGCUCCAGCUUCUGUGGCGUUCGAUGUAUUCGACAGUGAUGAGUUUCUGGAAGGGAUGAGGUCUGAGAAGUUGUUCGGGCCUACAGAUGCGGACGACGUGAACAUGAUGAACAUGUCAGACACCAGUGACUCUGAUUCGGACGCAGACGACGAAGAUGUUAUGGCAGACAAUGAAACUCGACAUGACGCUGGCGAAGGUGUGGAAGACGUAGAUGCCGUUGACAUGGAUGACGCUGAUGCUGUUGACUACAAACUGGACAUGACGGACGAUGAACUGCGCGAUAUCGCCGAAUCGGGAUGGACAAUCUACGAUGAAGAACAUUGCGGCGACCUACAAUUGAACGCUACUACAGACUAUUGUAGCGGCCACUGGGGCCCAACCCGCUCUGCAGUUGCGUACGCGGAGUCUCCGUUGGCCAUGUUUUUUCUAUUUUCUCCCCAAAUGAGCUUUGGAUUCGAAUUGCGGACGAGACCAAUCGAUACCGACAACAAAGCAUUGGCGCAGUCGCCGCUUCUGGGAGAGCUAAAAUGCUAG